UAUCUCCAUCAUCCUGCCGCUGAGAUGUCUACUUCAGAAGCAGCAGGUACUCCAGGAGCUCCCGGGGCCCCAGAGGGUGAGGGGGGGCCCCCGGCUCCGGCCCCGAACUUGACGAGCAACAGGCGGCUGCAGCAGACACAGGCACAGGUGGACGAGGUGGUGGACAUCAUGCGUGUGAAUGUGGACAAAGUCCUGGAGAGAGACCAGAAGCUGUCGGAGCUGGACGACCGGGCUGACGCCCUGCAGGCCGGAGCCUCGCAGUUCGAAAGCAGCGCUGCCAAACUCAAGAACAAGUACUGGUGGAAAAACUGCAAGAUGAUGAUCAUGAUGGCAGUGAUAGGAAUUAUAUGUGUCGGAGUCAUCUUCUUGUAUUUCUUCUACUGAGCUGGUCUCCAGAGACGGAACCACAAGUCACGGGACGAGUCUGCACCCACACCACGGAGCCAAAUCCAGCCUUUCCUCAGUGCUCCCUCCUGCGCUUCAUCACCGAUGCCUUCCCCAGAAACCUUCAUGCAUGGUCUGUGAUGUGCUCCAGUGCCUCCUGUUUCCUCUGCUCCCAGCGGAAAAACUCUCUCCGGGCAGCUUUCAGCAGCUUCUUCUCCAGGAGAACCAGAUGAGUGCAGCUCAGUGCGUCAGGACAGUUUAAAUCAUGAGAAUUCUUUUCUUUUCCGACACUUGUGAUAUUGUCCUUAGUAACAAAUGUCAACCCUCGCAUGGCCGAGAAAAUGAAAAAUGAAAUACUUUGUUUUUGCUGCAGAUCUGAAAUCCAUUGAUCCAGGUUUGUUCAUCAAACACAGUGUCUGACAUGAACCUGGAGGCAGUUCACAUGGACGUUAGUUUAUCUUCAGUUCUCGUGUGCUGGGUGUGCACACGGGGAGGAAAAGCAAAGAAGGAUUUAGGAGGUGAAAUCUGACACAAACCUGUGGAGAAAUCAGCAUUUUAAACCUGGGUUAAUGGAUUUCUGCUUCCUGUCCCUCUCUGUCCGAACUGCACCUGUACAGUAUUUUACAGGGACGCUGCCCCCUUGCUGUCAGUGUCGGAACUGCGACUGAUGUGUUCCCACUUUGAGCAGAUGUUUACCUCCUCCUGUUGAAGUACAACAGGAACCUGUUAGUGUGACCAGCCUCUGUUUUCCUUAUUGUGACGGCAGCAGUGCCGGUUUUAGUUUUCUUGUGUUGUGAACCAACCCGACUCGUGUUUCCUGUGUCUGGUCUGAACGUGAAACGUUUGUUCUGAACCUGCUUGAACGUGAUUCCUGCGUGUGAAGGAUUUCUUUGAUUGAAAACCCUCAGAGUGGUGGAGAGCGUGUCUGCGUGGGACUGUCGAAAUUACAGGGGUGAUCAGGAAAAGAGAAAUUUAAAGUGGGUGAAGCUGAGUGUUAUACCCAGUGUAUUUAAUGGAAAUCAACUAUCUGACAGGCUAAGGUGAGAGGCACUGAUUUUCUGAUUAAGG